CAUGCUUUCGGUUGUUGUGAUUUUGUCACGCAACUAUUUCUUAGCUCGCGCCCAGGCUCUGCUCGCGCCCGCGUGACAGUGUAACACGUGGCUAGAUUCCUAGAUUCCCUUCGCAACAGGAGUUUCUGGUUUAGUUUUCUGUUUUCACUGACACUGGGAAAGAUGUCCGACAAGGCUACAACGACGUUUGUCGAUGAUUGUGCUCUGCCUGCACAGUUUCUGAAACAAGCUGUGGACUUUGAUGAGCUGAAAGGUGGAACAAUUUUUGAACUUGAUGAAAAGUUGGUGGAGGAGGACACAGAUGAAACACAUGAGAAAUAUUUCCAGUCCAAAGAACUUCUUGAAAAUCUGCGCCUCAACUAUUUAGACGGUAGCAGUGAUGAGGACGAUGUCGCUGCGGAUAUGUUGCUGCCUUUUGAAAAGUUGGCGAAAAAGAUGAAGCCUGUCUUACCAGAUAGUGGUGUCCUCAAGAGGGUCACGCGUCCAGGAGCGGGGCCCGUUGUCCCCGAGGAGACUUUUGUUACAUUCCAUUAUAAUGCAUACCUAGAAAUGGCCGACGAGCCUUUCGACUCAACAAGACUCAGGAACAGACCUCAGAGGACACUGCUGGAGAAUGUGUCUGUGGUAGGCUUGGCUUUGGCCCUUAAGACAAUGAAGAAAGGAGAAGUUGCUCAAGUGAUGGUGUCACCACGGUAUGCGUUUGGUCCUAUGGGUUGCCCCCCACGAAUCCCGCAGAACGCAACCAUACUCUACGAGGUUGAAUUGUUGCACUUUGUUGAUGCAAAGGAUGCUGUCGAGUUAGAAGGGCGUAACUUCGACGGACAGGUUAAACUACGGUUUGAAAAGGCUUACCAGGUGUGCGAAGCAAAGCGUAACACAGGCAAUGAAUUCUUUCAUGCCAAUGAGAUGAUGAAAGCCCUAAAGUGCUUUAGCUCGGCCAUUUUCAUCUUGGAAAAAGCCUGCACGGCAAACGAUGAGGAAGAACAGAAGCAGUGGGCACUUCUACUGAAGUUAUACAACAACGCUUCAUUGUGCUGCCUCAAGACAGGGCGUGCCAGUGUGGGCAUCUCAUAUGCUAAGGAGGCAUUGCAGAUAGAUAAAGAUAAUGCAAAAGCACUCUUCCGUUAUGGCCUCGGGUCGAAGAUGCUGGGCUGCUAUGAUGAUGCUGAACACUACCUGCGGCGAGCCCUGCGCUUCGAACCAAACUCGAAAGCAAUUGUAAAGGAACUGGAACUCCUUGAUGAAAAGAGAAUGAAGGAAAAGCACGCAGAACAAGUCAUGUGCCGCCGUAUGUUAGGCACUUCUGGCAGUGGCCUGAGAGCUGUAGGACUCCCACCUGCGAGCAAUGUGGACGACGGAGUGAAAACCGCAAUACGACAGAAACUGUUGGCAUUCCGUAAUGACUUGGGCAAAGAAAAUUCAUCAAAAGAGCUUCCAUUCACAGUUGGCUUUACUGAGCCAUAUUGGAAGUAUGUGCGAUCAGUGUGCGCUGAGCUUGGGCUGAGGUGUGAAGAUGUUCCAAGUGGCGGCGUUAAAGCUGUGGCACCAAAAGUGUGAGGUGGUCUGGUAAGCUUGAGAAGAAAGGUAUUCCUGUAUAUUAAAAUAUAGAGGGGGUGUUAUAUUUACAUGUAUAUAUACACACACAAGCAUCAUUGUCCAUUUCAUGCCACAGGGUGGUGCAUCCAUUAAAGUUUAAAUAUGAUACUAGCAGGUAUUUGCAUAUGAACAUGCAAGUAGGCAUGCAUAGAAACAUGAAGAAUGUUCCCCCGAGGGAACUACAUGCCUGUUUAGUUAUUGCUGAUUACCUUUGUCAUUGCUGUGAUCUUUUUGUCAUGAGAUAUUCUUAAGUGCAGUGAUACUAUGUAUGUUUUGUUGGUACCUUGUAACGUAAACCCGAUGCAAGCCCUAUUCUUGCAGAGCUGUAAUAACAGUUUAUAGUGUCAUUCAUUGCAGGUGAAGCAAAAUGCUUUGAUCAUACCCAUCAUAUUAGCACAUGAGAGUUUCGUUUAGAUAUAUGUACUACCACAUGUUCUGCUAGAAACAGCCCAAAGCUCAUCUUUUCAUUGUUACGUACACAAUGAUUUUCACUCACCAACAAGGAAGCGUGCCAGAAGCACCUACCUGAGUCUGUGAUAAGAACAAGAACUUCACACAUGCAUGGAACAUUAAGUAAUGUUCCCCUUGCAUGAAUCUGUGUCAUGAUGUGUUGAAAGUAUAACAUCAUUGUAGCAUCUGCGGUAGAAGUUUUUCGGGAUAAAAUAUAUUGUUGAAAAAACUA